GUUUGAUUGCUAAAUCAACAACUUUUGAAUUUGUAUUCAUUGCUUAUUUGUUGAUGACAAUAUUGGCAAAAACAAGCGUACUUUUGGCGGCCUUACAAGAAAAAAGUCAAAAUAUUGUUAAAGCCUUCGUUUUGAUUAGAACGUUGAAGGAAGAUUUGGGGAAGUUUAGGGAGGAUGGUUGGGAGGAAUUUCUUGAAAGCGUCAAGGAAUUUUGUUCUCAAAAAGGCAUUUUGGUGCCGAAUAUGGAAGAUCAUUUACCGGGUCGGCCUAGAUCUAAAAGACAAGUGGAUGACCAACCAAAGACUUACUUGCACUUUUUUCGACGAGACAUUUUUCUUCCG